AGAAAGCCGCAAUGAAGAGGCAGCCGACCGGGCGGGGGCCGGAGCCGAGAGCCGGCCGGGUCCUGACCAAGGCGGCCGAGUACGUGGGCUCUUUCGCCGUGGAAGACGCCGAUCUACCCCGGGCGGGCCAAGCGGUGCAUCAGCGGCUGCAGCUCCUGAAGGACUGUCCGCGGCGGCGCUCCGUCCUCCUGCGCUUCUGCCUGCAGGGGCUGAAGAUGCUCGGACGCGACGGCGAGGCUCCGCUCAUGGCCCACGCCCUCAAGCGCCUCGCCUAUAGCACCUGCCGGCCCGCCGAUCGCCAGUUCGCCUUCCUGGCCCGCAACCCGCGCGGCGCUCGCGGCAGCCUCUUCUGCCACCUCUUCGUGGGCGGGCAGCCCAGCGAGGUCCAGGCACUGCACUACCUCCUCUGCCGCUUCUUCCAGCUGGGCUACCUUCUCCUGCACCCCGAAGACCAGGACUGGUCCUCCUCCUCCUCCUCUGGCGGCUCUGCCCAGCGAGAUUCUGGGAAGUUGCUAGGCGCCUCUCUGGACAACCAGGUGGUCUGGGAGUCCCUCCGUCCCGAGGAGGUCUCCCAGAACGUCAACGCCCUGGUGUCCUUCCGGAGGCUGCCCUGCCCCACAGAAUUUGGCACCUCGGUCAGCGUGAGAGAGAGGCUGGACCUGGAGGAAAGCAGCAGCAGCAGCGUGGGCAGCGCCCGUCCUGGAAACCCCUAUUGUUCCCCAAUUCUGGUGCGCAAGAAAGCCAUUCGCAGCAAGAUUCUCCGUUCUGGGGCCUACCGAGGUUGCACCUUUGAGGCAGCCUCUCAGCAGGGCGCCUGGGAAGGAUUUUCCUUCAGCUGUGAUGGCAGAGGGAGCCUGCUUCACCUGCCAGAAAAUGAGAACGAUUUGAGGGAGAGUGUGUGGUCCUUUGCGGGCAUCAGCAGAGAUGCCGGCCUGGCCCUGCUAAGGAAUGACAUGCUAGGGGCUUUCCUUCUGUGGGCCGAGUCUGGAUCCACCCAUCAGUGGUGUCUAGCAGUGAGGACCCGCUGCGGCGUCGUUCCAUAUCAAAUUUACCGCAGCCAGCUGGGAAAGUACUCAGUUGAGCAUUUGAAUGUAGAAUUCCCCAGUAUGGAAGCCUUGUUAGACAAUUACUCCGGGGUUCGUGCAGGCCUGUUCUGCUCCUUGGGCGCAGGAAGAAUCAACCAUUGUUAUGAGGAGCAGGAGGAUGCGGCCGAGGAUCUCUGGGGAGAAGAGCGAAGUCGCCGGAAGUCCUCAUGGCUGUUUGGGGCCAGUCGGUCUCUGGCUGUGCAGCAUGAGGUGGAGGGAUGCUCAGCCGGGGCCUUCUCUUAGCGUUCCUGCCACCUGAAGAGGACAGAGACGGUGGUUGACUAUUCCUGCUCACUCCGUGGCUUGGCUUUGUUGUGAUUCUUUUUUGGAGUUGUGCGCAGAGGGUGCCCUUCCUCUUGUCGUGUCGUAAUUCAGGGUUUCUUCCCGCCAUCAGAGGGCUGAUGCACGAGUUGGCUGGGCCUCCACACCCGAUUUAGGGAGUGCCAUGGGGUAGUCUUGGGCUGACAGCACAUUGACCAAUUGGUUGGGAGGGGGGUUAGCUUGAAGGGCAGUAAGCCUCUCUGCCUUUGCACUCCUGGCCGAUUCUUCUCCAGUCUGCAUUGGGGGGAACCUUUGAUCAGGAGCCUGGAUUUCUGCGUCGUCUGUUUAGUGAUGCACCCGUGCCCUUAUUUAUAGGAAGCUGAAUGUAAAAUGUAUGUGAGUAAUUUAUUGGAAACAAGUGUAUUGUUUUCUCCGGGCUGCUGUGUUCAGUGGUGAAAGAUGCAUUGCUUAUAUUUAACAGAUGCAAAACCGAUUGUACAGGGGUGUCCUGCAAUCAUAUAUAUAUAAAUAGAUCUAUAGAUAUAUAUUUGUAU